GGGGAAUGGAAAUUGUUGUAAUCAAAGAGAACGCCCCCAGUUGGAUAAUUGUAAUAAAAGUGGACUAAUAGCAAAACAUACGUUUAUUAUAAAGAAUAAUAUAAUAAUAUCGAUAAAAAAUCCUAAAGAUAGUGGUAAGGAACAGUCAAAUAAUGUAUCAAGACAACGAAGAUGAUUGCAAAUUCGCUGCUUGCACUUAUUUUGCGAAAAACCAUCCUGGUGAAAUGUGUGGAAGCAAUGGUUUGCCGCUUACACCCAGUUCUAUUACAAUAUUGGGACGUGCUCAGCGUCUGUUGACGAUAGAACACCCUAAUUUGUGUACAUACCUUGACGUUAUCAGAGGUAAACAUGAAAGAAUAAUAGUUGUAGCAGAAGUGAUUGGAAAGUCACUAAAAGAAUGCACAUCAAAGUUCUCAUAUCAAGAGAUUAUAAACAUUGCUAAGCAGGUAGCAAUAAGUAUGAAGUUCUUGCAUGAGCAGGAUAUUACACAUAGGACUCUGUCCGAUGACAAUAUUCUCAUUGACAAUGAGGGAAGAGUUAAAUUGUUUAAUUACGGAUUGUAUUAUAUGACUGAUGGAGGCAGUGAAGUAUCUUUCCCAUUGGGCCUACCAAGAUACCUGAGUCCUGAAACAAUAUUAAAUGGUGGUGGGCCUGCAGCUGAUGUCUGGAGCUAUGGUAUCAUCCUUCUAGAACUUUCUAUUGGUAAACUAUGGAAUAAUCUUAAGCCUGGCCCCAUUCUGAGGAGAAUACUUACCCUGGUACAUGCUAACAACCCAGCAGAGAGGAUAGCCAGGGAACAUGACUGCUUUGAGCAGUACAAACAAGUUCCAGAAAACUUGAGGAAUAUUAUAGAAAAAUGUCUCAAAAUAUAUCCCAGUGAGAGGGCAACAUUUUCAGAGUUAGUUGAAGAUUUAACAAAGAUAGAUUCAAAAGAAUUGGUUGAAGUGAAGACUCCUCGCGGUUUAAUGGGCUGUAAGCUGCAAUACCUUUACCACUUGUGGCAACUGGCUGGUGGCGAUAUUCAAGCGGAAUUAAAAAAGAAUUACCUCAUCAAAAAUAGCCCGCCAAUUUUAUCUAUGCCUAUAGCAAUACUUCUAGACGGCUGUACGGUAGGUGGUAAAUCUGGUGCGUUAUUCGACAGAAGACUAGCCAAGUACAGCUUAGACCUUCUAAAGUCCCGACUAAGUCAUGUACCACCUCAGGACUUCUACCCACUGAUGCACGAAAGAAGAAAAGAGUAUGAUGCCGUCGCUUUACCAAAGAUCAUCAGGGAAAGAGAUACGGAAUACCAAUUUUAUAGACUUCUAUGGUUCCAUCGGCUUUUACAUGGCUACCCAUACACAGCGCCUUAUAUACGAGCCGAAGCAGAGAUCGACAUACCACCACUAGUACGCGGCGAUGUAUGGGCCGCCUUACUUGGCGUAGUGGGGGACAUUGAGGAUCAGUACGAAAGAAUUGACAAGGAAACACCUACUCCUACGGAUAGACAAAUAGAUGUGGACAUACCACGUUGUCACCAAUAUUGUUGGUUGCUAUGCGGAUCAGCUGGUCACAAAACAUUGAAGAGGUUACUCAAAGCGUGGCUACUGACCAACCCUCAGUACGUAUACUGGCAAGGAUUGGACUCUUUGACUGCACCGUUCCUAUAUCUCAACUUCUGUAAUGAAGCCCGUGCCUUCGCCUGUCUCUCAGCAUUCGUACCGAAGUUCCUACACAAGUUCUUCCUAAAGGACAAUAGCGCUGUCAUCAAGGAGUAUUUGGCUAAGUUCUGGCAGAUGACUGCCUUCCACGAGCCGGAACUGGCCACACAUCUGCACGAGAUCAACUUUGUACCGGAGCUGUUCGCUAUACCGUGGUUUCUUACCAUGUUUUCACACGUAUUUCCCCUCCAUAAAAUAGUACACUUAUGGGACGCGUUGCUAGUGGAAGGUCCAGCUUUGCCUUUAUUUAUGGGAGUGGGGAUACUGAGACAGCUCAGAGACACACUACUAUCGUCUGGCUUUAACGAGUGCAUCCUAUUGUUCUCUGAUUUGCCAGAGAUUGACAUUGGAGAGUGCGUCAAGGAAUCUAUAGAGAUGUGUCGAAGUUCUCCAAGGAGUGUCAGCUAUAGGAGGUUCACUAAUGAAGCCGAAGUCAAAGAUCCCAUGGACAUAGUGGAAAUCCCCAUGGAAUUGUUAUUCACUGAAAUAAGUCCUAGGAUCAACUUAUCGGAUUUCUUCUCGUUGAUAUGCCAAGAUAAGUGCUGUGUCAUCGACAUUAGGUCUAAUUUACUUUACGAGAAAAGCUGCAUAGAUGGCAGUAUAAACGUGCCUUACAGUGGGGUCCAUUUGGGCCAGCAUGAGCUAAGGGCCCUAGGACUCCAUCCUCAGAGAGUUAUCCAGGAAGCCAUUAAACAGAAGAAGGUGGUUGUUGUUGCAUCGGCUGAAGAUGAAACUGCGCAACUGUUCAGCGACUACCUGGUCAAGUGCUGCGUACCAAGAGUGUGUAUACUUCAUGGAGGAAUAUCAGCUUUAUCGACACACGUUCCUUCACUCUUCACUGUACCACCGAAAAGGAAUGGACACAAGUGAAAUGAGGGCAUCAAAAUGCUGAUAGAAAAUGGAAUACUGGGUUUAGCGGGAGCUGGUAAAUAAAGCCACAAAUGCAAUAUAAAAAUAACCUAAUGGAUUAGAUUUAUUGUUAUGUGUGAUGGGCCUAAAUGUAAAAUUCUUUAGCAUAAGUAGAUAAGUCAGUAAAUUUAAUAUACCACAGUGAUUUGUAAUUUUGUAUUAGCACUCUAUUGGUGUAACUUGUGGUUUCUUUUUACUAGUAUUUUUUUGUCCAGGAUAUUGUGACACAUGGGAUUGUACCAUUGCAUUGUUUCUGCGUACGUUAAACGAAAUCGAUAAAGCCAUUUUCCUUGUAUGAUAAAAAAUAAUAUUAAAUUAUUUAAGAACAUUCGAAAAUCUACAAAAGUCUGAUUGUAAGAAAAUAUUUUAGCUUUUGUGUUUGUAGUGGUCGGUGUUAUGAUCUGAAUGUAGUUUUAAGUACGUAGUGUUUUUUUGCUAUUUUUGUAUUAUCAAAUGUAAGAGUUAAGCAUGAAUACGUUGAUUUGUUAACAAUGAGAUUUUAUAUAUGUAGGCAUAUGUUUUAAGAAUUAUUAUUUCAGUAUUUCUAAGUAUGUAAAUGUGCAUUCCAUUUCCAUUUGAGUGUAUACUUUUUUGCUGAUGUUAUAUGAGGGCCUUUUUCCUCAUACAAAACUAGCUUAGUUAUCGAUUUUAUACGUACCAAAUGUUUUAAUCAUCAUGGGUUUGCAAUAAGUACCUAAAUUAUAAUAUCCUUAUAUCAAUGGAACAGAAUUGUAUAUAGCAAUAAUUAUUAUAAUUAACGAAAUAGCUAUUUAUACACAUGCGAUGUACUGCUACGAAUUUAUUUAAUAAACAUAUGAACGUUUA